CCUGGAAUCGAGCCGGAAAUCUAGCUCUGAAGUUGCUGUGAGGGGGCUGCUACUCCCUCCUUCUCGUUUCCCGUUUCCAAAUUUAGGUUUUCGCGCCCAACUCUAACAAGGUCCUGAGACCCCACGCCACCCCCCACAUUCCAAUUUCGGCAGCAAAUUACUGCAGAACCUGAAGCCAGGUAAGGAACCCGUUUCCGGUCGCACCUCCCACACUCUCCUGCCCUUCCACCCGCCCCCUCUGCCGCCCUGACCAUGGCCCAGAAGCCGAAGGUAGACCCCCACGUCGGGCGCCUGGGAUACCUGCAGGCACUAGUCACGGAAUUCCAGGAGACGGAGAGCCAAGCGCCACUUUCUGCUGCAGACGCCAAGGAGCAAGUACUGGCCAACCUCGCCAACUUCGCCUAUGAUCCCAAUAACUACCAGUAUCUGCGGCAGCUGCAGGUCCUUGAUUUAUUCCUCGAUUCCCUGUCGGAGGAGAACGAAACCCUGGUGGAGUUUGCAAUUGGAUCCCAUCCAGGAUACUAUAUUACUUUUAGUCGUCACAUCUUGGGCUCCUCUGGACUGUGCUGGUUUCUUAAGACUUACCCUUUUUUGGAUGACAUUGAUGGUUUCAAGGAAUGCUGGUCAGGAGGCCUCUGCAACCUGUGCCCAGACAGGGCCAACAAGGAGCACAUCCUGCAGACAGGGGGCAUCCCGCUCAUCAUCAACUGUCUGUCCAGUCCCAAUGAGGAGACCGUGCUAUCUGCUGUCACCACGAUCAUGUACCUGAGCUCACCAGGCUCUGGCUCCCACCCUGAGCUGACCGCCAUGCCCGUGGUCCAGUGCAUGCUGCGCUUCUCUCUCUCGGCCAACACGAGGCUCCGGAACCUGGCCCAGAUCUUCCUGGAAGACUUCUGUUCCCCAAGCCAGGUGGCAGAAGCCCGCACCUGGAGGGCUCACUCUGCCCUGGGUAUCCCACUGCCAAGGACUGAGGCCCCACAGCAGCCCUGAUCCAGGGAGACCUCAUAGCCAUGAUACCCUGACUGUUAGAGAGGAGGCCACAAUCCUAGUUGGGGCUCAGGGAGCAGGAGCAGCCUGGUUCCCACUGAGCAUGUUCUCCCCAAAAGGUGUCCUUUCAGUUUUUUUAAAGGUGAGUUUUCUCAGCAUGACAGGUAUUUACACUGUGGUGAGGGGCAUUGAGAGAAGAGGCCAGACUUUGAGACACACGGAGGAGAGCAAAGGCAAUGCCAUUUCCAUAGGUUGGCACUCUCAACCAGCUGAAGGUCAAACUCCUGCCUCCUGCCCCCACCCCCAGCGCCCCACUGCCAGGCUCUCAACCUCCUGUGAGAAGCAGCUGGGACCCUAGAUUCAGAGGCUUUACAGAAGGGGCUUUUCAUGAGGAACAGCUGGGCCUGGGAUUAGACUUGCUUGUGCUUGAGGAAACAGGAAUUCUUUAACAGAAAUAUCUGAAAUAAUCUUGAACAGAAAUGAGAAGCCAGCUCAGGGCUCUGGGAAGGUGUCAUGCCCACUCCAGGGCUACGGAGGCUGGGUACCUGCACUGCCAGCUCCCCAGGCUGGGCGCUGGGUGUGCUUGAUGCCGGCCUGAAGAACUCUGUGGCCCACAGUUUAUCCACACAGGCCUAUCUGCCAGACACCAUGGCGUUUCAAAGACGAAGAUGUGGUCUCUACUCUUUUUUUUUUUUUUAAGAUUUUAUUUGU